AUGAAACACAGUUCAGUUCUACUUUUGCUGUUCCUUCUGGGGACGUGCUCGGCUUACACCUAUCAAAAUGUGGCCUUGCGUGGAAAAGCGACCCAGUCAGACCGUUAUGAGCACCCGUUGGGAGCUGCCUACAAUGCUAUUGAUGGAAACCGUGAAUCUGACUACUGGGCCGGAUCAUGCACUCACACUGAUGUACAGACCAACCCCUGGUGGAGAGUGGACCUGCUGGAGUCCUACAUCGUCACCUCCAUCAUCAUCACCAACAGAGGAGACGGCUUUCCAGAAAGGCUCAACGGGGCAGAGAUUCACAUCGGCAACUCUUUACAAGACAAUGGUGCUGCAAACCCAGUGGUUGGUGUAAUUUCUCAUAUUCCAGCAGGCAGGUCUUUAAAUAUGACUUUUACCAGACGUGUGGAGGGACGUCAUGUGACUGUGGUUCUACCUGGUUUAAAAAGGAUUCUUACACUCUGCGAAGUGGAAGUCUACGGGUACCGGGCCCCAACUGGAGAGAACCUGGCACUCCAAGGAAAAGCUACACAGUCAUCCCAACAUUCUACAGGCACGGCAUAUAAUGCUAUAGAUGGGAAUCGUGCCAGCGUCUGGACCCAGGCCUCUUGUGCUCACACAGUCCAGGAGUUAAACCCCUGGUGGCGACUAGACCUGGGCAAAACCCACAGAGUGUUUUCUGUUACCAUAACUAACUACAAAACUCUUAAUUUACAACUUGCCGGAGCUGAGAUCCGAAUUGGAGAUUCUCUUAAUGACAAUGGCAACAGCAAUCCCAGGUGUGCUGUGAUCUCAAGAAUCACUCCAGGUUUCACCGAAACCUUCCAGUGUAACGGGAUGGACGGUCGCUACGUUAACAUCAUCAUUCCUGGAAGAAGCGAGUACCUGACCCUGUGUGAGGUGGAGGUCUACGGCUCCAGGCUGGAUUAGGUCUGAGGAGGUUCAAAAUGUAUAACAAUGAUAUCUUACGCUGCAGACGUCACCUGAUGCUAUUGCAUAAACUCAUGUUGCAAUCAAUAAGUUGUUGGGUAUUUGGGUGGAUGACAGGCUCUCUUUUAGAGUGCAUACGGAGAACCUGUUUUUCUGAGAAGAAAAAAAUGGAACUCCCUUAUAUUGCAUAUCAAAACUUCCUCAUUUUUAUGAUGUUAAAAAGGUGGUUAAAGGAGAAUA